CCCUCCACAAAGUAAGGGGCAAAACCGAGAGUGCGAGACAAUUCCAGAGACCGUUGGAAGCAAAAUCCGCAACACUGUCUGUGGCGUCCGCCAUCGCCAUUACCAAGAAAAUGACCAUUCGCUUCUCAUGGCCAUGGAGAUGGAAGCCACAGCCCACAAACCCAGAAUCAUCAAACUGUCUUGCCCUUCACUCUCCGCCAUUGCCCCAUUCCUCGCAUCCGACGGCCACCGCAUCGAUAUCGGCGCCAUAGCCACCGCCUUCGGCCUCCAACCCUCCACCGUCAAGCUCAACGGCCACUUCCUCAGCCGAGGUCCCGAUCUCCUCUCCUCCGUCACAUGGAAAUCCCUUCUCUCUUUCUUCUCCGCUAAACGCCUGCCUGUUGGCAACUCCGAUGAGGACCCUCUUGUUGUCGAUGGAAAGCUCUCCAAAAUUGGCCUCAAGAGAGCUCGUGGCUCUCAGGAAAUUGUAAGUGGAAGUUGUUGUGAAGCUGAUGAGGAAGAUGCUAAUCUGAAUGCUGAAAUGCAAACACUAGGAGGAAACCUGGUGAAGAACAAAAAGUUGAAAUUCAGGGACUUUGGAAGCAAACAUGUGGAUUCUUCAGUAUUCAAGUGUAGUCCCAAUGGUUAUAAAAGAAAACAGUGCAUGGAAGAAGUCAUCUUACUCAAGAAGUUAAAGUUAAACGAAACUAAAUCAGGUUUAGACGAAUUAUCAGACACAGUCCAAGGACUAAGCGAUGCAGCCAAUGUCGUUCCGCGCAUGGGAUAUUCGUGUAGCUACAAUAGUAAGAAUAUGAAAAGGAUGAGAGAAGAUGAAACUCUUGUUUCUGCUUUCUGCAAGAGAACUAGAUGAAUACAUAUAUAUGGGCUCCCAAGCCAAUGCCCGCCCCCCCUCCUUCAUAAAUUUUUUUCCUCUCUCUCCUCCUUUUGUUGGUAUCUUCGUUUGAUUGUUGAGAUUUGUAAAUGUGAAUUAGAAAGUGGCCUCAGCGUUCUCAUACAUAAAUAAAUCAUGAUGUGCCAAAUUGUGUUUUUGUUC